AUGAAACUUGCACUGUCAGUUGCCGUAUAUUUGGCUGCUGUGGCCUCAGCGUCCACCAUUGCGAGCACUACAGCAACAACGAUGAAGGCCAUCAUGGGCGACUUCUCCAAGCUUGGACAACAGUACGCGAAAGUUGUUGACGAUGUUAAUGCGUUCCCUCAAACAGGAACUGAGGGCGUUCAGGCCCUUCCGAGACCAGUCUCAGACAAGAAUGCCCGCAAAAUAUUUUCUACAUACAACGAUCUUACUCCAAACAUCUUGGAGUAUCUCAACGGCAUCACGGAUAAAGCCGCUGACUUUAAAGCCCUCGGCUCGGCAUCCUCUAAUACAAUAUUCUUAGAUUUAAUGGGUGCUGGUGCGCCUUGCAUCCACUUCGGAGAAAGUUUAAUGGCAAUGAUUCCUCCCGUUAUGACCGACGAAGCAAACACUAUGCUCAACGGGGUUGAUGCAGCAAGACAAGACGCCAUCAAUGCGCUUUCUUAA